AUGUUCCCAUAUGUGGUGAAUGUGCUUCAAAUGAUUGUUGAUGAUAAUCCUAAUGAUAGUUCGGGUGAAGCCUAUAAGUUAUGGAGAGAAAUACAAUCUUUUGAGUUUGUGUUUCACUUAUUUGUAAUGAAAGCUAUAUUGGGAAUGACAAACACUUUGUCUCUAGCAUUGCAAAAGAAAGAUCAAGACAUUGUGAGUGCAAUGAAUUUAGUGAAAACAUGCAAGGAAAACCUGCAGUUGAUGAGGGAUAAUGAGUUUGAAGAAUUGGUUGAGCAAGCAUCCUCGUUUUGUUACAAACAUGAUAUUAUAGUUCCUACCAUGGAUGAGGAAUAUGUAAUUCCAGGGAGAUCACGGCGUAAUGCUCCAAUGAAGACAAAUUAUCAUCGUUAUCGUGUGGAGAUCUUUAUUCAUGUAAUUGAUGGGCAACUUGCGGAAUUAAAUGAUCGCUUCAAUGAGGUAAGUACUGAGUUACUUACUUGUUUGGCAUGCUUGAGUCCAAAAAAUAACUUUGUGGCUUUUGACAAACGAAAGCUAGUUCGUCUUGCUCAAUUUUAUCCUUAUGAUUUUUCGGAUAGAGACUUAUUGAUGCUUGAAGAUCAACUUGGUGUUUAUGUUCAUCAUAUGCGUUCGAGUAGUGAUUUUUCUCAAUCGGAAGGGAUUAGUAGUCUUGCGAAAAAAAUGGUGGAGAAAGGAAUGCAUGAAAUAUUUCCUUUUGUGUAUUUGCUUCUUACAUUGGCUUUGGUUUUACCGGUUGCAACUGCAUCAGUGGAGAGGGCAUUUUCCGCUAUGAAUAUUAUUAAAAAUCCACUUCGCAACAGAAUGGGAGAUCAAUGGUUGAAUGAUAGCUUGAUUGUUUACAUUGAGAGAGAUGUUUUUGCUUGUAUUGAUAACGAAAUUAUAAUGCAACGUUUUCAGAAUAUGAAAACUCGUCGUGGACAAUUGUAA